AUGGCGCAAGAGUACAAGCUCAAGGGCGUUUCAUCGCUCGACCUCUCCGCAGGCUCCAAGCAGGAGGUUGAAGUUGAGGGUAUUGAGAACGGCAAGGUUCUACUCGUCAACACUGGGGGAAAGACUCAAGCUCUAGGUUCCAAGUGCACUCAUUAUGGUGCACCUCUCGCAAAAGGUGUAUUGACUAGCGAUGGCCGCAUCACAUGCCCAUGGCACGGAGCUUGCUUCAACGCAAAGACUGGCGAUAUUGAAGAUGCACCCGCCCUCGAUCAUCUUCCCGUCUUCCAAGUCGCCGAACGUGACGGCGCAGUAUACCUCACCGGAGAGGAGAGCGCAAUCAAGUCAUCCAAGCGACAGCCCAAUGUCAAGUGCGCCGAAUUUGGAAGUGUCCAGGAUGACCAUGUCGUUGUCGUCGGUGGUGGUUCGGGAACACUGGGUGUCGUCGAGAGCCUCCGCGAGAAUGGAUACAAGGGUGGCAUCACCGUCAUCUCCAACGAGGGCUACUACCCCAUCGACCGAACAAAGCUGAGCAAGGCUCUCAUGACCGACCUCAGCAAACUGCAAUGGCGAAACAAGGAUUUCUACGAAGGUGGCUCUAUCAAGUUUGUCCAAGGCGAGGUCAACAAUGUUGACUUUUCGGGUCACUUCGUUACUACCAGCGAAGGCGAGAAGAUUGACUACACCAAGUUGGUCCUUGCUACUGGUGGCACUCCCAGACGACUUCCGCUCGAGGGAUUCAAGACCCUCGACAACAUCUUUACUCUCCGAAGUGUUCACGACACAAAAAAGAUUGUCGACCAGAUUGGCGAGAAGGGCAAGAAGAUUGUUGUGGUCGGAUCUUCAUUCAUCGGAAUUGAAUUGGCGGUCGCGACAGCCGGCGAUAACGAUGUGACCGUCAUUGGUAUGGAGAAUGUUCCUCUUGAGCGCGUCCUCGGCGAAAAGGUUGGUUCGGGCCUCCAGAAGGCGCUUGAAGGUAAAGGUGUCAAGUUUUACAUGGGAGCAAGUGUCGACAAGGCUGAGCCCUCUACAUCUGACGCUUCCAAGGUUGGCUCAGUAUCCCUCAAGGAUGGUACCAAGCUGGAGGCGGACCUCGUCGUUCUUGGCGUCGGUGUCGCACCUGCUACUCAGUUCCUCAAGAACAACAGCGGCAUCAAACUGGAGGAUGAUGGUUCUAUCAAGACAAACGACGACUACUCUGUUCAAGGUCUGAAGGAUGUUUAUGCCAUCGGCGACAUUGCUACUUUCCCGUACCACGGCCCCGGAGGUGAAGGUAAGCACGUGCGAAUUGAGCACUGGAACGUUGCUCAAAAGGCGGGCCGCAUCGCUGCGAACCACAUUGUCAACCCAGGCGGCAAGACUGAGCACUUUAUUCCCAUUUUCUGGUCUGCCCUGGGAGCUCAACUACGCUACUGCGGCAACACCAUGGCCUCUGGCUGGGACGAUCUUGUCCUGGACGGUAGUCCGGCCGAGAAUAAGUUUGUGGCCUACUACUGCAAGGGCGAAACGGUCGUUGCCAUGGCCAGCAUGGGAAGGGAUCCAGCUAUGGCGCAGAGUGCAGAAUUAAUGCGGGUUAACAAGAUGCCCACCAAGACGGAGCUCCAAGAGGGGAUUAGUGUAGUGUAA